AGGUGGACGCGCCGCGGUGCGCGCAGAGCAGCUCCUCUGUUUGGCCCCGGGUCGCCCUCUGUGCGCGGCCCCUGCGCGCCCUUUGGAAGGCGCGGAUUGCAGCUGUGACGUGGGCGUCGUUGUUCCAUUCAGCGGCCUCGUCAUGGCAACGGGGCAGAAGCUGGAAGCACGCGGCCCUCCUCUCCGGAGCGCGUCCUGAGGCCACGAGGGCAGCUGGAAGUUUGAAAAGCCCUCAGAUAUCCAGCCUCAGCUCGGAUCUACCGGUCUGAAGAGUUUAAAACCCUCAAAAACACGAGUUGAUGCGCAGCCUCUGCAACUUUUACGCAGCGUUUUGACGCACGCAGCGCCAAAAUGUGACCCAGUGACCUACAUCAAAGCAGUGUGGGAGAACAGAGGAAGCUUUUCUGUUUACUCUGCUCCACUCCGGGCUCCGGCUGCUGCAGGACCGCUACUAUUGUUGGGCAGAGUGGUCGGGCUUUCUGCACAAUCUCCCGUGACCAAUGAGCGGGGUGCUGUCAGGGGUAACCACAUCUGUCAACCGUUCUUGGCCAAUAAAGAGCGGAGCGAGGCGGACCACAGGUGCGCGCCUCUGCGUCCCCUUGGCACAGCGCCCGGGAGAUGCUGGAGAGAGACGCCGAGCUGCCCCGUGGCGCAAAAAGAGUUCCUGUCAGAUCAGCCUCCUUUCAACUCCGCGCUCCGCUCCGGCUCGCACACCGAUGGCGACCGCCACGUCCAACCACUACAGCGUCCUCAGCGCCCCCAGCAGCGCGCCGCCGCCGCACUCCGAGUCCGGGAGCAUGCAGCAGGCGGCAGCGUACAGGGACGCGCACACCCUGCUCCAGAACGACUACGGCUCGUUACCGGGCGGUGGACAUCCGCUCAGCCACGCGCACCAGUGGAUCACAGCGCUGUCUCACGGUGACAGCGGGGCGCCGUGGCCGUCUAGUCCCCUCGGAGAGCAGGACGUGAAGCCGGUGCUGCAUGACAGUGACCGAGAGGAGCUGCAGAACUCCAGCAGUCUGCAGCAGCAGCAGCAGCAACAGCAGCAGCAACAGCGACACCCUCACCUCCACCAGCAGCAUCACGACGCCAGAGGAUGGCGGAGCAGCGCAGCCAGCACGCACAUCUCCGCCAUGGCGACGUCUGAGGGCCAGAGCCUGGUCUACUCCCAGCCCGGCUUCGGGCUGAUGCCGGGGGGAGGAGAGCAGGGCGGGAUGCACCACCACCCGCUGCGGGACGACGACCACCACAGCCACAGCCCGCACCUCAGCGAGCACGGAGGCGGCCCCGGGGCCCACCAGCAGCCUCUGUCCCACCACCAGCAGCAGCAGCAGCAGCAGCAGCAGCAGCAGCAGCAGCACGGGGGCCACCAGCAGGACCAGUCGGACGAGGACACGCCGACCUCGGACGAGUUGGAGCAGUUCGCCAAGCAGUUCAAGCAGCGGCGCAUCAAGCUGGGCUUCACGCAGGCGGACGUGGGUCUGGCGCUCGGGACGCUGUACGGGAACGUGUUCUCCCAGACCACCAUCUGCAGGUUCGAGGCGCUCCAGCUGAGCUUCAAGAACAUGUGCAAACUCAAGCCGCUGCUGAACAAGUGGCUGGAGGAGGCGGACUCCACGUCGGGGAGCCCCACCAGCCUGGACAAGAUCGCGGCGCAGGGGCGCAAGAGGAAAAAGAGGACCUCCAUCGAGGUGGGCGUCAAAGGCGCUCUGGAGAGCCACUUCCUCAAAUGUCCAAAACCGGGAGCGGCGGAGAUCAACUCGCUGGCGGACAGUCUGCAGCUGGAGAAGGAGGUGGUCCGGGUCUGGUUCUGCAACCGGCGGCAGAAGGAGAAGCGGAUGACGCCCGUCGGGGGGCAGAUACCGGGAGGAGAGGACAUGUACGGGGACACCCCUCCGCACCACGGAGGGCAAACUCCAGUGCAGUGACCGGAGCGGGGACGCGGGACCCUGAACCCUCCACGUUUCUUUUAUCAACCGAGCCAGAGCCGCUCGCGACUGGAUUCGGUGUUCGGUGGCACCGGGGCUGAAAAACACUCUGGACGGACCGGAUGGAGGCACCGCGGCGCACCGGGCUGCUGCUGCCUGCCAGCCAAAAAAUUACAAUAAAAGAUUAGUUAUUUUAAAAAAGGAGAAAAAAAGAUGAACACAUUCCGUGGAGCCGCUCCGGGGACGCGGGAUUCCACCGGAACCGGGAGACAAAAGCUCGGGGGCAGCAGGAGGGUUGGAGUCGGUAAAUAAACGCCAUCUUUCAUCAUAACAAAAGCAACAGGGGUUCUCCAGGAGGCAGAAAGAAAGCUGCACCAGCUCCCCUCACCACCACCACCAUUAUUAUUAUUAUUAUUAUUAUUAUUAUUAUUAUUGUUAUUGUUAUUAUUAUUAUUUGUGCAUAAUUUCUGGUGAUUUCUCCAAAUUUCUGGUGAUGUUUUGACUGCAGCUGCAUCCGCGUUCAAUCUGCUUUAAUGGAGUAAUAAUCAUAUAAAAACAAAAAUCACAAUAAUAAUAAUAAUAAUAAUAAUAAUAAUAAUAAUAAUAAUAAUAAUAAUAAUAAUAAUAAUAAGCAGAAGAAGAAGAAGGAUGAUGAUGAUGAUGAUGGUGGUGGUGAUGAAGAUGCUUCUCUCUGCGCCUGUUUACAGUGUUUUUUCUGCUCCUUUUUUUCCCUCCAAAAUGCUGUGAAAAACGACACAAAGACAACUGGAGACUCUCUGGAGACUCUGAAUCCAGCUCGUCUUGCCUUCCUUUCCUAAACAACAACAAACAAACAUAAACAAACACGACGUGACUCUCUCCUGCUACCAGCUCUUUGGCCUCAGAGGCUCAAAUAUUCCUCCAGACUGUGACGCGCAGAGGACGAUCCGUGGGAUGUAUUAUUAUUAUUAUUAUUUGUUUUUAUUUGUACUGCUCCGUUUGUUUGUUUGUUUGUCUGUCGAUCAGUCUGUGCCAAAGCACAAACACAGACACGUGUUCUUGUGCCACUUUAAAAAUCCCGUGAUUCUUAUUCUUAUUCUUAUUAAUAAUAACCUGAUGUGAUGUUUGUUGGGAGGAUUUUUUUUAAUUUUUUUGUUUGUUUGUUUUUGUUUGUUUUUCAUCCUCUGAAGCAAAAAUCUGAAUUUUAAAAAACCCGCAGAAACUCAAAAUAAAAAAAAGCAGCUACAGGAAUUUAGAUGACAUAUUUGAAUAAUAAUUUAACAAUAAACCCGUAAAAUAUGAAUAUUUACAGAAGAGCAAUACGCACAAAGGGCAUUUUUUAUUAUUUUAUUUUUAUUUAUGAAUGCAGGUGUUGCAUAAUAAUAAUAAUAAUAAUAAUAACAAUAAUAAUAAUAAUAAUAAUUCGACCUGGAUUUAAUUUUUUUUCUCCCGUUUUUACUGUGAUUCAUUUAAAAUCCUGCAGCUGCGUUUGAGAUUUCUGUUGGUAA